UCCUUUCCUUCCCUCUUUUUUUUUCCUUUCCCCCUCAAAAACCCUAACACCAAGAAUUUGCAGAGAGCACCAUCAGGAUGCCAACUCUUACACCAGAGAUGGAGCCGGUCGAACCACAAUCUCUCAAGAAACUUAGUCUCAAAUCCCUAAAGAGAAGUCUUGAUCUGUUUUCACCACUUCACGGCCAGCCAGCUCCUCCCGAUCCCGAAAGUAGAAAAAUUCGAAUGAACCACAAGAUAAAUAUGGAGUAUAAAGGAAUGAAAAGCGCCACUGAAAUUCCGCGAGCAGUUCCUUCUUCUGCAAGUGACGGUGGUAGUCAAACAUCUGCGCCUUCUAAUGUUCUUGCUCUUACAGGCCCAGAUGAUUCUAGGAACCCGCAAAAGAGCGGGGUUCCAAAUGCAUUGGUGAUUGGUCCAACUCCACAAUCAAAGGGAAUCAAUGACGUUGGUCCUCCGGGGAAAAGCACUGCCUUGAUUUCUGGCAUUAAAUCAUCCGAAAGGUAUUCUACAUCAGCUUUAAUGGAAAGAAUACCAAGCAAAUGGCCACGUCCUGUCUGGCACGCACCAUGGAAGCAGUACAGGGUUAUUAGUGGCCAUCUGGGAUGGGUAAGAUCUAUUGCGUUUGAUCCAAGUAAUACAUGGUUUUGUACAGGUUCUGCUGAUCGUACAAUCAAGAUAUGGGAUAUAGGAAGUGGAAGGUUAAAGCUCACAUUGACUGGGCACAUCGAACAAGUACGAGGCCUGGCUGUGAGCCAAAGACACACCUACAUGUUUUCUGCUGGCGAUGACAAGCAGGUGAAAUGCUGGGAUCUUGAACAGAAUAAGGUUGUCCGAUCAUAUCAUGGUCAUCUAAGUGGUGUCUAUUGCUUGGCUGUUCAUCCCACAAUUGAUCUUUUGCUAACCGGUGGACGUGAUUCUGUUUGCCGGGUUUGGGAUAUUCGAUCAAAAGUUCAAGCUUUUGCACUGUCUGGGCAUGAUAAUACAGUAUGCUCAGUUUUCACUCGACCAACGGAUCCACAAGUUGUCACUGGAUCACAUGACACAACCAUUAAGUUCUGGGAUCUUAGAAAUGGCAAGACUAUGUCAACGCUGACACACCACAAGAAAUCUGUCCGAGCUAUGGCAUUGCAUCCUUCUGAGCAUUCUUUUGCCUCUGCAUCAGCUGACAACAUCAAGAAAUUCAACCUUCCGAAAGGAGAAUUCUUGCAUAACAUGCUCUCUCAGCAGAAGACAAUCAUUAAUGCAAUGGCUGUCAAUGAGGAUGGUGUAGUAGCUACAGGAGGUGAUAAUGGUAGUAUAUGGUUCUGGGAUUGGAAGAGCGGUCAUAAUUUUCAGCAAACCCAAACAAUUGUGCAGCCUGGCUCAUUGGAUAGUGAAGCUGGUAUAUAUGCUAUCUCAUAUGACUUAACCGGCUCAAGGCUCGUAACAUGUGAAGCUGACAAGACAAUUAAAAUGUGGAGAGAGGAUGAAAAUGCAACCCCGGAAACUCAUCCUCUCAAUUUCAAGCCACCUAAAGAUAUCAGGCGGUUCUAAUCGAUCAUUCAUGCUAUUAAAUGGGUUCCCACCGACCGACCAAAUGAAUGUCUGAUGAAAUGUUUUCUUAUCAGCUGAGACGGAAUGCGACUCGUAAAUUUUCCAGUUGCAUGCACUCAUUUUUGCCAGUAAAAAAUUGAAGCCUCAGAAUAUUGAUAUCAGAUAAGGCAAUAUCUAUUGGCUGAAGUGAGAAACUGAUUUAGUUGGUCUGCGACCAAAUUCCAAGUGAGUAGAUCGUAUUUGUAUUGAUAAAAUAUGGUUCAAGAUGCUUGUGGCAGAACCUAGUGUGUCAGUGAAUAUGGUGACAGCCCGUUGGUAAUUUUUGUGAAAUAUUCCAUCUAGAAUGCAACUUUGGGAAACUUAUUAAACUGAUGUAUUUCAUAA